GGCCCCGCCGCCGGCCGCGGGCGAGGCGCCGUCCCCGUCCCUCCGCGGCGGCGGCUCCAUGGUGCCCGCCGCCCCCCGCCGCCCCGCAGCAACAGGCAGGACGAGGAGGAAGCGGCCCCCGGGGGUGCCCGCGCCGCGAUAGCCGCCCGGCGGGGCGAUGGCGAACCAGCUGGUCGUCCUCAACGUCUACGACAUGUAUUGGAUGAAUGAGUAUACUUCUUCCCUUGGAAUUGGAGUAUUCCAUUCAGGUAUAGAGGUGUAUGGCCGAGAAUUUGCCUAUGGUGGUCAUCCAUACCCUUUUUCUGGAAUAUUUGAAAUUUCACCAGGAAAUGCUUCUGAGCUAGGAGAAACGUUUAAAUUUAAAGAGGCUGUGGUUCUAGGCAGUACUGACUUUAUGGAAGAUGACAUAGAAAAAAUAGUAGAAGAGCUUGGAAAAGAAUUCAAAGGAAAUGCUUAUCACCUAAUGCACAAAAACUGCAAUCACUUUUCUUCAGCUUUAUCUGAGAUUCUGUGUGGAAAAGAGAUUCCACGAUGGGUGAAUCGUCUUGCCUACUUCAGCUCUUGUAUACCGUUUCUCCAGAGCUGCCUGCCGAAGGAAUGGCUAACUCCUGCAGCCCUCCAAUCUAGUGUUAGCCAGGAGCUACACGAGGAGCUGGAGGAAGCUGAGGAUGCAGCAGCAUCAGCUUCCUUGGCAAGCUCAGCAUCUGGGUCUAGAACUGGACGUCACACCAAAUUAUAAGUCCUCCUCCUCCAAAGUUACAAUGGUUUGAAAUACUUCAGUUUAAUCUCUCCAGCAACUGACUUCCUGACAGAACAUGAGAGCUGACUCUAGAACACUGUUUUUAUAUGCAAAAACGGCUCUCAUCAGCCCCUGUUUCAGCUCAGGAUUAUUUAUGUAGUGAAAAGAAUUGCUGGGAGGAAAGGGAAGGAUUUUAUGUGAAGCCACCCUUUUCAUUUUCACCUGUUUGAUAGACCUGAGUUAACCGAACAUCUUGUAUAAAGCAGAACUUAAAUUAUUUGUUUACAGUAUGGUGUACUACUGUUUACAAGUCCUGUAAGGACUCCUGCCACCAUGGAAGAAGAGAGAAUACGUGUUUUAUUAACUGUUGGUAUAAUUCAAAGGCAGUAGUAUUAUGCCCUGGAUGAACUCUCCCCUUUGUUUUCAAGAUUUAAGGCAGGUGAAGUUUAAAUUUCUGAGAAAUGUAGAAACUGCUGAAUACUAUAUAUGCGAACAGGGUACUGUACACUUAAAGUGGCUGAUGUAAACAGGUAGAUUCCAGGAUGUAGGGAGACUGAUUUUGUCUAAGAUCUCUUACUGAAGAAGUAUGACCUCUACAUUAAUGAAACUGUGGAUUUUUGCACAUAUGAAGGGAAAUUUCUAUCUCAUUACACUGCACAUUGAUCCCUAAUGUUUUUUUUUAACUUAGCUAUGUAGUUUGCAUCCUAACUUCCGUCUGUAUUUACAGUCUACUUCAGCCAGGAUUUAGACGUGUAAAUAUCACCUGUUGAAAGCAUCAACAACUUUUUUUUUGCUGUUUGCUUUACUUGAUUUAAAACUUGUAUAUAAAAGUUAGUACUUGUAUUCUUUUUUUUUUUCCUUCAUGUAGUUUGAACAGUGUAAUACAAGCCAUUUAUGGUUGGGGAAUGGCCUUGCUUUCUGCUGCUGAUUUUUGCUUCAUUUGAGUUUGUAAACAUUAGUGUUUUUUUUUUUUUUACUUAUAUAUUACUGCCCAGUCGUGCAGAUUCGCACAAAUUAUAGAGAAAUCCUAAUUUAUUUUCCCGCGGUUUCUGUCUGUGGCAUUAACUUUCUUGUCAGAUGUAAUGAAGAAAAACCUGAAAAUUGCUUAUGCACCUGCGUGUUUACACAGCAGAACCCACUAAUCUGCACACAUAAUUAUAUCUGAAGGUAAGAGAUGCUAUUUUCUAAAAUACAGAAGUAUGUUUGCUGGUAGAUUAUAAUUAGAGCUGAAUUAUAAUUAGUGAUCAGAAUAUAUAAUGGAAUGCCUUAUUCUUGUUCACUUACCAAGAGAAUUAAUGGUUCUUCCAGUUAUUAGUGUAAAUUAGUGAGGUUCUAUUGUGCACAUAAGGAUACAGUAGCACAAACAUGAGGGAGGUGAGCUUGUGUAUUUUGUAAGACUUGCUGCCUUAAACUAACAAAAACAUCUGUAAACUGAUCAGCUCUCAAAGAAGUGUGCAUUACUAGAAGUAUAAAUGACUUUUACGAGCUUUGGUUUUGAUUUGUUGCUGGGUUUAAUUUUUCCUUAAGUGAAAUACUGACUCUAUAGUUUCUGUUACUUAAAAGGGGGAAAAAAAAUCCUCUUAUGAGGCAAGAAUGCUUAAUGUUAUGUACUCGCCUAGCUAAGCGUAGUCAGUGCCGUUGAACCCUUCAGGAAGGUGCAGUAGGUUAUAUUCUAGUAAGAAUUCAUAUGAUGGCCAACUCCAAUUCAUGUUAGAAAUGAGCAAGAAGUCUUUCUGCUAGCCUUUGGGCUGCAUCAUUUGUAAGACGGUUGAAGCUUUCACUGAUCUGUGGUACAUUGUAGUGACAGAAGGAAAUGCUAAUGUUCAGUUCUGAGGGGGGGGGGACAAGAAUCAAGUGCUACUUUUUUCUUGAAAGAGUGGGAUAAUGGUAGAAGUCUUGCUAACUGUGCUUUGGUACGUGUUCUUAUAAUCUCUUCUACCAAGUGGGAAAUGCUUAAGACUGACAAGUCUAUCACAAUAUCUGUUUGGUCUCCAGAAGUUGGACAUACUGACUCUCCCUGAUUGUUUUUUCUUUAAACUUGAAUCUCUGAAUUUGAAUCUCUGAAUUUGAGUUCUUUUUUUCCUGUUGUGAAAAUGAACAUGGUGGUCUCCAGUCAACUCUCAAGCAUUAGAGAAGGAAAGAUCACACUACUUACAGCGAAGGUGACAGACCAUAGAUAAGUUUUGUCUCUCCUGUGCAGCUGUGGUAGGAAUGUGACUAAGUCUCUUGGUCAAGGCAGGUCCUUUAUUUCAGCUCAGGGUUGAGGCCACUGAUCUAGCAAUGUACUGUAGCUCUUCCUAGGCUUUAGGAAAAAUAAAUAGAAUGAAUUUUCAUUGCUACCUAACUUUUAUGUACCAAAACCAGCUUUUUAGGCUUCUAAUAUAUCCAGAGCUCUAGGUCACAAAUCUCUACACCUUCAUUAACCCACACAGUUACAGCAUGUACAAUGCAAGAAAGCGACAGAUCACAGCACAGUUUUUAUUUAGAAGUAAAACUAAGAAUAUUUUUUAUAAAGCAGACUGGAAAGUUUGUAACAAAAACGUUCAUUUUAUCGGUAGCUGUACAGGUGAAAAUACUGUCUUAU